UUUACCGUAUUUCACUCUUUCACCUCCAAAACCUGCAAAUUUCGAGGGAGCGAAUAAGAGAGCGAAGGCGAAGGUUACUAGGCUGAGUGGCCACUGGUCACUCAUCAGUAGAAUCUUAGAGUGAGAGAGAUUCGUGAAUGGCAGGAGCUAUUACUCAGCGGCAGCCGGGGUCGAGCACCGGCGGAGUUGUUGCUGGCGUAGGUCAAGUUCCUCAAACUUCGCAGAUGUCUGUGGCGAACUCGUUUCGCGUCGCGGCCGUGGCUACGCGUUUAGCCUUGCACAUCGCUGGGCAUCGGACAGAUCCCAAGGAGUUCGUCAACCUUUGCCUCGCAUUAGCCAGAGGUAUUGAUUAUGCAGUUGCAAACAAUGAGGUUCCAGCUCGAGCUCAAGAAUUACCUAUAGUGGUAAAACAGGUAUGUCAUCGUAAAAACAACAUCUUCUUCCAAGCUGUUAUCAUGGUGCUAAUGGUUUCUGUCAAGAAUGCUUGUAAGAAUGGAUGGUUUCUGGGUAAUGAUAAUGAGGAGCUUCUUACCCUGGCGAAUGAGAUAGUGAGCGGCUUCUGUAGCUCAGGAGACAUAAAUAUUGAACCAAGCUCUGCCUCUGCCUUUUCCGCUAUUCCAGGAAUUAUGUCCAGAUUCUAUCCACGAAUGAAGAUGGGACAUAUACUUGCUUCUCUUGAAGCGAAGCCAGGGUAUGGGGCUUAUGUGAUUGACUUCAAUAUCCCAAAGAAUGCAAUUUCUAUGGCACAGGAGAAAAUUAGACUGUUUGUAGCUCAAACAGAUAGUAUAGAGACAUCCUCCUGUAUCAUAAGUCCUCCACAAGUGAACUUCUUGUUAAAUGGGAAGGGAGUGGACAGACGGAUUAAUGUUUCAAUGGAUAAUGGACCGCAGUUUCCAACAAAUGUGAAUCCUAUGCUUAAAUUUGGAACAAAUCUCCUACAAGUUGUUGGCCAAUUUAAUGGUAACUAUAUUAUAGUCAUAGCCUUCAUGAGUGUGAUAUCAUCCCCUGGUACACCUGUGCUACAAGAUUAUGUUCAACCUGUUGCUGCGGUUGAUUCAGACUCUGACGUAAUUGUGGGCCCAUCACGGAUAUCACUCAACUGUCCGAUAAGUCACACACGUAUUAGAACUCCUGUCAAAGGACAUCUUUGCAAACAUCAUCAGUGUUUCGACUAUGACAACUUCCUGGAAAUAAACUGUAGAAGACCAUCCUGGCGCUGCCCUGAUUGCAACCAUUCUGUCUGCUACACUGACUUACGUAUCGACCGCAAUAUGGUUAAGGUCUUGGAAGAGGUAGCAGAGGGCAUCUCUGAUGUUAUUAUCUUAGUGGAUGGAUCCUGGAAGUCAGCCUUUGAUAGUAAUGACCAAGCACAUCAACCACAUAGUGGAACCCAGAGUUGUGAAAAUAAUGGGCCUGAGCAGCAUGAGUUCUCAAAGGACCCAGCUAAUGUCGUGGAUCUCACUGGGGAAGAUGAUGAAACAUACACUACUAAUCUGUUAGAAACUGAAGACAGGAAACCCUUCCGGGAUAACUUCCAAGGGUAUUCUGUGGCUACCAGUCUGGUUAUCCCACCAGUAGCCAACACUACAGCUGAGGUGGUUCUAAGUUCUGGUCCGCAAAUCGAAGAUGAUUUCUGGGAAGGAAUUUUCUUGUCCACUUCUAAUAACACUUUUGGACCAGCAGGCUCCAGCAGUAUGCUGGAUGCUCAUGCAGCUGGUGCCAUUUCUGAGUCUACCCCAACCAAUUUUGUGCCAUCUCCUGUGCUAACUGAUGCUAUCUCUCCUGCUCCUAAUCGAGAAGUUGCUGAUGUCCAGGGGGCCACUCAAUCCACAACCUUUGUACAUCCAGCUCAAUUUUCUGCCCCCUUUAAUUUGCAGAUACAACCAUCACAAUUCGGUAACUCAAUUGUCAGUACCGAAAAUGGAAGGCCAGCACUAUCCCGAAAUAUUAGCAGAACUCCUAUAGCAGUUCAGGCUCUUCCUGCUCAGACUCAAGUGACAAAUUCAAAUCAACGGUUGCGAACUUUGCUGACAAGGGGUGCCCCUCCUGUUUCUCAGAGUGUAAGGGAUACAAAUUUCAAUGCAGUUGGUGAUGAGACAGAAAGGCAACAACAGUUCUCUAGAUCGCUCAUGAAUCCUCUGCCGACUUCAGACAUUGCAUCAUCUUCUUCAAUGCAGCAUGCUUCGAUGAUACAGAGCUGGGAUCAUCAACGACUAUGCUUUCCAACUCCAUCACUCCCACAGGUGGUUGGCCUUCCGGCAACUAGCCAAGUUGCAGGUGCUUUAAGAAGUUCCUCCCAGCUUACCCACCAGCAACCUCCAAACUCGAGGUUGCCUCAAAAUAUGAGCCGGCCCUCAAGUCUGUCGCAGUCUACUCAUUUUCCACGAACACAGGUUCAGCAAGGAGGGAUACGGGGAGUUGGGUUGGCAACAGGAAGCACAACCAAUCAACAUCUUCUGCCUAUGUCUGCUGGUUUGCGAACUGCACAGAUGGCAAGACUACCAACACUGUCUGUUCAACUCCAAUCACCCCGAACAGGAUCUUCUUUAGCAAUGCCAGUGGAUGAGCAGGGAGGAGGAAAUGUGGUGCAACCUGUCUCCAGGGCAGAUGAAUUAGUUGAAUUAUCAUCAGAGCACAACUGGCGUCCCUCAGGGAGAAUGAGGGGAAGCCUCACAGGGCCGGCCUAUUCUGCGGCUCUUAGCCAGUAUAUGGGCCAACCAAAUCCAGCACAAGUUUCCGGACAACCACCCAAUCAGAGUUCGUCCCCUUCUGGUCCUUCCCAAUUGCAUGUGCUUAUUACCAAUGGUAUCAAUGCCCAUGGACUGUCGCAGCAAGCUUACUCGAGGACAGGAGAACCCAGCAGGCCUGGAUCUAUGGGGCACUUAGGGUAAUCUACUGUGGAUUUUUAGUACAUUUUGUGAAUUUAGAUAGUACAGCCAAUUUUGCCCCAAAGUCAAUGUCUUGUAAAGUUGCUUUUUGAGUUUCUUAAGCAUGGGAUGACAUUUUAUGUAUAGAUUAUGGUGCAUUCCCACUUGUAUAGCAUUUUUG